AUGAUAGCUGCGGACGCUCAACAGCACGGCGACUCUCCCUCCUGUGCGGUGUCUGUCGCUGCUGCCCAUGGCACGUUUCUUGGCCUUGAAGGGAAGGAAAGUUUCCGUUUAGGAGAUGACCUGGAGGGUACACAGGUUGUGCGCAUCACCUGUCACUGCUGCAAAACCACAAACACCUUGAUUUGCAACAGAACGCAGGACGGCUCUUGGCUUCUGCGCCACGCUGCCGCUACGGCUACUGCCAUUACAGCUCCUGCAGUGACUUCUACUGCUGCUGGUGAUCAUGAUGACCAGUCUAACACAGCUUCGUUUGACACAGGAGGAGACCUUGGGGAGGCACCUAGGGGUACCGCCGAUGCAGACAGCUGGGACACGGAUUCCGGGAAGGAGCGGAAGCAGGAGAGCUCUAUUAAAGUGACCGUAUGUCCGGCACAGGACUGCAAAAACCAAGGUAGAGGUGACAACUUCAAUGAGAAGCAAAGCAACGAUGUAGUUUCACAAGCGAGCGAGCCGGGACCUUUGCGACUUGGUGCUCAGCCAACAGCAGCUGCAACAACGGUGGUGACAGGCGCUGCAGCCCUAGCAAUAGCAGCGCCGGAACCAAGGCGCGAUGCAGCCAAGGCCACCCGUGCACGGAGCUCCAACAGCAGCAUUUGUGAGAGUCAAUACAUUCGAAAUGAAGCCGUACAUGAAAGCCUAACUGGAGUCAAGGAGCAUGAUGAGCAAUACAACAACUACAGAGACGCUCAGAAGAAGGCUCACAGCGACGGGGAAGUAUCUGACGGCAGCCCGAAGCUCGCCGCCAUCAAGGAACUACAACGGAACCCCCCCAAGCCAAAGCACCUACCACACGUGGAGACAGAGUCUCAAGACGCUGAGGAGGGAGCACAGCAAUGCAGUCCGACCUGCAGCAAUAAUAGCACGGACGAUAGCGGGAGCAGCAGUAGCAAUAGCAGGAGUAGCACGAAGAAGGCACAACAGGACGCUGCCAUUGCCGCCAUGGCCCCGUAUAUGUUAACGCGCGAGUGUGAGGGAGAUGGGAAUUGUCUCUACCGCGCAUUCUCGGACCAACUGUAUGGAUCUCAGGAGCAUCAUUUGUUUUUACGGAGGCUUGCUGUUUAUGUAAUGUCGAGAUGUAAGGACACCUUUGAGGCAUUUGUGGAUGAGAGCGAAGGCCCCUUCGAGCGAUGGCUGCAGACCAAAAGAACGUAUGGAGAAUGGGCGGACUACAGGGAGAUGCAUGCAUUGUUGCUAUUGUUCGGCACCCCGAUCUUUGUUUUUGACGAACGCCUUCAGCUGCUUCAGGCUUUUGAGCCAGAUGCAGAGAAGAGGAAGCCUCCAAGCCAGGAGGGCGAUUCUCUCACUCCCUUUCGACUCAUGUGGCACGGAAAACUGGGUCAUUACACUUCGCUCCACUACAUAAAGGAAGGCUUCCCCAUAGCUCGUGGCCUUACGAUUGGCGAACUGGAGGCGGAGGGUUUAGCACGGUUGGUUCUGUCCGUUGCUUCUGAAGGCUCUUCUGACAGCGCGGUAACAGACGCAGCGGCGAAAUCAUCAUUCAAAGAGCCCGCUGUUACCGCUGUAGAUGUGGAAGAGGAGGCACUAGCGGAAUGUCUGCAGGUAAGCGCACAGGAGCUGGCGGGCAUUGCCGCCGAACAGGAGCUUAUCCUUGCAUCCAUAAAGAAACAACGGCUACAGCAAGUGCUGCCGCAGACCACCAGGAUUGUGAACGAGCUCUGGUUUGAAGCGAAGAAAGAACAGGAGGCCUGGACCAGUCGCGUGGCCAGGGGCUUAAGGGGUUCUCCAUUAGCAACCCCCGCGAUGGACCCGCCACAGUAUCACAGCGUGCUGGGGAGAGCCACAGAGAGGCGCUUAGCCUCACCAGCGGUCGCAGCAUCUGCAGCAGCAGUAGACAGCAGCACUACCAGUGUGCAUACUUACUACCCGACUGGAAGAGGCUACGCCGGGUCCUCUUCGGGGGUCGCAGGCUCUGCCGGAAGCGUGCCCAGCGCAAGGAGUGGGGGCCCCAUUGGGGAAGUACAGCAGAUGGGGGGCCAUGCAGGAGGCCUGUGGCGGGAAAGCCGCCCUAGCCAAACUCUCAGGUAUGACAGACCACAGCAGCAGAUGUGGCGGGAGCAGCUGCACUUGAGGCAACAAGCUACCGCUACGGCCUUGCCGCCUGUAGUCUGCCACAGCCAGGGGCCGCGAGGGCCCGUUCUUAUCUCAUCUCCAGCAUCUCCAGUAGGACCUACUCCGGUCACGCCUACUGCGCAAGGGCUACCUGCGUUUACAACCGGCAGAAGCUUCGCGUAUACUCAUCAGUUCGCACCUCACAACGAAACUGUUGAGCAGCAGCGGCCUUGCGUUAGGUUAGCUGACGGCCGACUUCUUGCCCUGGCUCCCAGCGGGGCCGUUGGACCGGUUCGGCAUGGCACCCUUCAGCAGCAGCGUCAACCGGGCCAGCAGCCACAGCGCCUGCUUCCCGCAAGUGCAGCAGCUGUAAAUGGGCAACGGCAAAGCUCUACCAGGAGUAGCGCUGGCCAAACGGAGGAAGCAUCUUGGUUUAUGCGGUGGAUGGGCAGUGGCAACAGCGGUCAAGGGAGGGGCCUGUUGGAAACACCCCUGACUCCGCUUGUCCGGAUGGAGUCGUUUUCAUGA